AUGGGCCUGAGUCGUUGCUUCUCUGCCUCUCAUCCCCCCACCCUCCCACCACUCCCGUGGCCCUCUCUUGCCCCUCCUCGGCCUCCACCCCACCUGCUCCCCUUCUCCCUCCUCUCCCUCCCCUCCCUCCCCUCCCUCACCUCUCUCCAUAUCCCCCUCGCCCCUUCCCACCCUCUCCAGGUCCUGCCACAGCUGCUGCUCUCACAUCCUCCCCUCCACAAACCAAAGCGAGCAGCAAGGGGACAUGGCAACCACGACGGCAACACGUGUGGUGUUGCUGGUGCUGCUGCUGCUGCUUCUGCUGCUGAUGGUGCUGCUGGUGCUGAUGGUGCUGCUGGUGCUGCUGGUGCUGCUGGUGCUGAUGGUGCUGCUGGUGCUGAUGGUGCUGCUGGUGCUGCUGGUGCUGAUGGUGCUGCUGGUGCUGCUGGUGCUGAUGGUGCUGCUGGUGCUGAUGGUGCUGCUGGUGCUGCUGGUGCAGCUGCUGCUGCCACUGAUGUUGCAGGAGCUUCUGCUGGAAUCACAUUCGGUGCCGCUAACUCUCUCCGGUUCUCCGCCUUCCUCCCUGCGUUCCCAUACCCUCUCUUCCCCCACACCUCUCCUCUCCCACCAUGA